AUGUCAAGUAGGGGACUGUUGAGCUGUGCGAACUUCUCAGGACGCAUCGAGUUGAGGAAACUGAUUACUGAAGCGACCCAUGGAAAGCGUACCGAAGAGUCUGUCGGCGUGAAGCUUGAGGUCAUCGAAGAAUUUCUCAAUGGGAUUCUUGGCGGACGGGGAGGGAGAGUGUUGGUUUGGGGUAGGGGUGGAAGUUGGGGACUUGACAGCACCGGUCAGGCCCUUGAUUCCAGACGCCUUGUCUUCGUCGAUGAUCUUGUUAAUCUUUUUGUGUUGGCGUUCGACCAGUUUGUGCAGCGCGGAGAGGUCGGCGAGUUUUUGCUCCGAGAGGCAUUGUGUGACCGCUUGUUGUGCGUGAAGCACGGCAUUGGUAAGGGUAUCAAUGGCAACUGUCAACUCCUUUUCGGCUUCAUUGACAUUCACUUCGACGUCAUGAAUCCUAUUCUCCAGUUCUCUUUUCAACGUGUCCAUCAAUUUCUCUGCAGCCUCUCUGCCUUCCCUAACCUUCUGAGGCACGUUCUCAAGCUGCUUGGUUUUUUGAAGGACUUCGUGGAUGCCAUUGCUUAUGACACUGUUUACGUUGGAUUGCUGGGUGUUAAGCUCAUCCUUGAUUGCGUUGAGACUGCUACAGAUAUUACCUUCUCUUAA